CGCGGCACGCUGCCGGUCGCAUCGCGGUGGAUUUCUCCUCUCCUUGCCUCACGGAUUACUCGGUCCGCUGGACUACUGCGCCGGCCGCUCGCUUCGCCUUCGGCGCCUGUCGCGCUGUUCGUGUUGGUGGUGCACGGUCGGAGGGAGUGGGGAGAUGUCCGGCGCGGCACUUUGCCGUCGGACGCUGCCCCCUCGUAGGGACGUAGUCAGGCCGGCGGAGCGGACCAUGCGGCGUGACCGGCCGUUCCUGUCGGCGGCGAUGCUUCUAAGUAUUUACCUCAUCGCAUCAACAUGCAGCUUACCCUUCGUAGCCAGUGCGGAAUCGCUAGACCUGGUCCCGAACCUGUGUCGUCUCAUGGACCAACCGUUGUACUGUCGCUGCGACUCCGAGGACAUCCCCGACGACGCCACGGAGGUCUCAUGCUACGUCACGAGACCCCUGACAGCGGACCACCCCGUAUUCAAGUCAUUCCAGAAAGACCUCUCUCUCGUCUCCCUGUCGUUCAACGCCUUCAACUUAGCUAACAAGCUGACCUUCGUGCCCUCGGAAGCCCUUAGGCAGUUGACACACCUGGAACGCCUCAAGUUCACCCAAUCGGAACUGGGCGUGCUGAAAACGCGUUCCUUCUACAACCUCUCAAAACUCGCAUGGCUGUCUCUUGAUUCGAACGCCAUAACCGAACUGGAGAACGAGUCUAUUGCUCAGAUGCCUCGUUUGAAGCGGCUCGAGCUUGGCGACAACAAGCUGAGCAGGAUACCCGCCGGAGCCCUGCGCGGCCUUCCAGCGUUGGCACAACUGUUCCUGGAGAGGAACGAGAUCAAGGCAAUAGAAGACUUGGCCUUCGAGGAACUGACCGGCGUCAAGGAGGUGGACCUGAGUGACAACGCGAUCGAGAACCUGACGGACCGAACGUUCAAGGGACUGUCGAGCGCCAUCCGGCUCGACCUGUUCCGCAACAAGGUUCAGAGGCUCGAGGCGCGCGUGUUCAGCGGGAUGCCGCAGUUGGUCGAGCUAGACUUGAAGUACAACGGUGUCACCGAGGUGGAUCCACUGGCGUUCCACGGCCUGCCCCAACUGAGCAUCCUGUACUUGUCGCACAACCGGCUCCGCAUUCUGCCCGCUCAGAUGUUCAUGGGUGCACCCAACCUUAUCACUGUGGACCUGUCGCAGAACCAGCUGCUCACGCUUACCUGGAGGACGGUCCAGGACUUGCGGAAGAUCGACUCCGAGUCCUUCGACAUGAGCCUCACCGGCAACAAGUUCGGAUGCGACUGCCGCCUGGCGUGGAUCCUGCACCUGGAAAAAGCCACGCGCAACGAGAAGUUUCGGCGCGAGCUGCGGCAUGUCAAAUGCAGCUUCGAACACACGCCGGCGCCGGGCAACCUGAGCAGCGGUACCAAGGUGGCCAGACUCAGCCUCAAGGAUCUGGGAUGUCCCGAAAACUACGAGCCACCCGAGCUGCCUUCGCUGCGCGACAAGAAGGGGCCACUGUCGGCUUUCGCCGGCAAAGGUGGCAAGCAGGGCUCUGGCGACGACAACGGAAGCAACAAAAUUGUCGAGCGACCGCCACAGUCUCCAGUCGAGGACGUCCACCAAGGUGGACAGAGGACGGGAGACGGCAAAGAUGUCGAGAACGAUGUCGAGGUUGCCCUCAGUCAACAGAAGGCUGCUCCCAGCGAAGCCGUACUUCGACGCAAUCGCGACAGACACUCUGCGGCAUCCUGGGUCCGCUCAGACAGAACUGUGUCGUGGCUUUUGGUCUGCGUCGCACUAGCGCUAGUCAAGGGAUCGAGGUGACGCCCAGGGUGAUUCGUAAGUGACGUGUGUGAUCGAGUGUUAUCACUUUAUUCGCUUUUUUUGUUUUUGCGAGUAUUUGAUAGUUAUUGUAACACAAUUUUUUUUGUGAACAAAUCUACAGAAUAGACCCUGCAAUUGCCCACGAACACGCUGUGAUGACGUUGUUGGUGUUUCAGAGCAUCGACCAAAGACUGGGCAAUCUUUGGUCACGUGUGUAAAGCUCCCGAUCGUGUUGCCAGUUUCUAGGGUGCCUGGCGGGAACUGUUUUUAACUCGCUUGCUUUUGGCCCCAAGAACUGUUGCUCCAGUUGCUCCAGUUCCGUUUCACUGUCUGUACCACAAACAAGUAGAGUUUGUUGUUGACUUUUCUGCACGAGCGUUUAUGUGUCACGUUGAGUGUCCCCCCCUAUGGCGCUUGAAAAGAGUUGUUCAUCGACCAUGCCUCAAACUUCGUAUUUUUCUGUUUCGUCCUUGACAUUCUUCUAAACGCUUAGAAGUCUAGAAUGAACUUCUAAUUCAACAAGAAAAAUUCUUCAUGCAUCUCAAUUUCUUCUUCUUCAUAUUCCCAAUUUUCUCAAACAGAACCUCUAAUAUACACUUGUCUCAGCACAUGCCAUUGAGUUCGCAUUUUGUUCGCACUGAUCAGCGGUAUGUCUGGUUAGCUGUAUUGGUCAGAUUGAGUGCAUUAAGCACGUGAGUUUUAAUUCAUUAUUUGCAUGCGUAGGUUGAGGCAGUGUCGUACCAAAUUGGUGACUCGGCUUUUGCCACACUGUAGGGAAUAGUAGCUUUCUUUUGUGAACCAGGCUGAAAGAAGAUAUCCAAAAGAUAUCGCUACUCCAACAAGCACUAAAAUUUAUUUUGUGGGUUGUUUAUUUUGAACCGACGAAGGCUCUUUUCGAAGUACAUAUUUACUGUUUCUGCAAAGCACAAACUUACACUUAUUGAUUAAGCAUAGUAUAAAGUUGAGAAGUACCGAAAGAGGCCAAUCGCCAUCAUGACUGAUCGGGAAUCGCCGCAAGUGCCGCUGAAUGGUGAAGGUUAUAGAAGUUUAGCACAUAUGUUACACGCGAACAUUGAGGAGCAGCGCUUAUUGCACUCAACGCGAAUGAUAAAUGCAGUCAUUGUCACGUGAUGAGUAAUAUGAAAAUUCAUUUCUAGCUUGUUUGCAGACGCUCUGUUUCGCUGCUCAAAUCAUCCCUAACAAAACAGAUUAUAUGUGAAGCAGAACUGAUCGAUUGGCAGGCGGUUUCCGUGCAUAAAAAAUCCCCUGCAGUCGCGCCUACAUUACUGACUCUCAGUAACAAAUGGUAAUAGUCUUCUCAAAAUAGGAAUUCCCAUGCACUUUUUUCACAUGCAUUUGACAGCCUGUUUGCUACAGGGCAAUCGAAACUCACGUUUGAAGGAGCAGCUCUCAUCAGCUAUUUGGCGUCUGUUUUUGAAUAUUCCACUUUUUCAUUCAUCUAAACUACUUUAAAAUUGUUUUGCGGUGAAUAACGCGUAUUUUUGUAGUGUACCAUGCUAUACUUCUCCACGAAAUGGUGUGCUCCCUCUAAGUAAAAUAAAGUUCUUUUUCUUCCUUCCUCCUCCUAGGUAACUGACAAAGGUUGUUGUAAGAUCACUGUGUCAAUCAUUCUGUUAGCGCACUUUUCAUGUCGACCCCGAAGACGUUGUUUCCUGCUGCUAUCAAAUUCAAGAGUCCCUCUGUACUCAAAUUUUAGGUGAUGACGAUAUGAUCACUACGAGAUGAAUCACCUCCAAUGCCUCACUAUUACGCAAAUUGAUGAAAUGCGGCUGCUGUAUACGUCCCUAACGCGUUUCGUGGAACGUUAUUUCCCAGUGGCCUCACCUUGUUCAUAUCAAGGCUCUGAAUAAUGCGUUCGCAAGCGCACUGCUUUAACAUUGUCGUGAAUGCUUCAGUCACAUGCCACCACACGGUAGCUAUCACAAUGAUUGAAUGCGACGCUUGAGUCUCUGCGACACAUGCAGGCCAGGAACCGUAAACUUGAACAAGACCAUUCAUAUUGAAAAUGGCUACGUUUUGAGGACUAUUUGAGGCCUGCGUUGUGUUACUUUGGCUGAUUUCAGCUUCAAUAUGCAGAACACCACUUUCCAUGAACAAAUUGUGAGUUUGCUGCUUCUUGUAGAUAUACGUACCAAGCACCGCAGUUUUUGCGUUGCAGCCCAUCUAGCUUGUUUGCAUUUCAUAUCCCAGUCUACGAGCUCUAACAUGUGACGCGCAUAUUUAUGACCGCAAAGGUGAUCAACGCCAGCGGUACGCAGUCCAUAGCUGCGUCAUUGUGCAGAGUGCUUCUUCAGGUAAUACUUCGCGACUGUGCAUAAACUCGCUGCCUUGCCUCUGCACGUUAUGUAUUCGUCCUUGCACCGGAAAGCGAGAGUCGGAGUUAAACUGUUUCUUGUUGAUUCUGAAUGAAUGAGAUUAUUGUCGCUUAGACGCGCCAGGUGUGUUGUGGCUUUCAUUACUCGCCUUCACUGCACGUCCCCUUUCGCUGAAGUAACUUAUGUUGCCGUUCUUAACAGACUUCGUCAUUUCAUAAGUGGUUGUCGAAUAGUUCAGGGUUUUCAACUGACAUGCUAGUUUGGGAAGAACCCUACGUAAAUGCAAGCAUAUUCCGCACAAGUAACAGCUCCGCAUUGCUUAAUCUUGGUCAACAUUAAGCCGUAUCUUUUCUCACACGUCACAUUAUUUUUUUUUUCUAGAGUUCUAUUUGAUUCAUCCCGUCACGUUCAUUCUUUACCAAAAGACACUGUGCCAUCGCUGAUGUUGAAACCUUGCGUGAUGUGAAAAAGAUAGUUUUGAAGCAAGUGGGAGUGAUGUUACCGUGCACCUUACGUCAGUUUGUCGUUUACAAGAGCCUUGUUGACGUACUUAGCGACGCUGACGCUUGUGAUGCAGUUGAAUUCAACGCCACUUGCGAUUGCAAAGUGACGAUACUGUUCGGGAGGAGACUGUUAUGAAGGGCUGAAAAUAAAGUCUUUACAAGUGAAUGCGACGAACUUGCCACGAGAAGGCAUGUGGGUGCGCUUGCGCUGUUGUCUCUCAGCCGAAUCUUUUAAGAAAUAUGUGUUGCUUGUAUGAUGCAAGUGUGUUCUUAUCGUGCCACUGAAAUUUCUUCUCUUCGAUAGCUGCGUGUUUUUGUUUUUAUUUUUUUGUGUGUGGUCAUGACUGCUCGAAUCAUUGUGUGCAUUGUUGUGUAUGUAAACAUCAUACCAGUGCGGAUUGACACAUGAGUAAGCCUGUAAGAAUUAAAAGUAUGUAAAAGAAAAGACUAUUUUAGUGAUGCUGAAACGACGGUUACGUUCUGUAAGAUACUGCGUUGACAAUAAAUGAAGCUGUUAUGCCCGCGCAGCACACCAAGAUA